CAGCAGCUCACACAGAAGAAGCAGCCUGGCUCGGGGCUAGAACAUUGCUUUCAUCACACCAAGACGUAUUCGUGCAAUUUAAGAAGUGAUGCUUCAUAUUGCAAUGUUUUCACCGCCUGCCGCCUCUUCCACAGUAGAUACGUCGGAGCUGCAAUGAAGGCAGGGGCCUCGUCCAUGUGGGCUUCAUGCUGUGGUUUGCUGAAUGAAGUCAUGGGAACUGGGGCCGUCAGAGGCCAGCAGCCAGGGUUUGGGGCCGGUGCUGGACCCUUCAGAUUUGCCCCCAGUGCGGGAUACUCCACAUACCCGCCCGCCAGCUCAGGAAGUCCCAGUCUGGUAUGCAAGGCCUGUGGUCAGGCCUUCUCAGUCUUUAGGAGGAAGUAUAUUUGCUGCGACUGCAAGAAGAGCUUCUGCUCUCUGUGCUCCGUGCUUCAGGGAAAUCUGCGUAUCUGUGCCACAUGUCAUUUGCUGAAGGCAACAGCGUUUCAGCGGCCACGGCUCAUGCGCCUACGAGUCAGGGACCUGCGUCAGUACUUACUGCUACGUAACGUCCCCACGGAUACCUGCAGGGAAAAAGAAGACCUGGUGGACUUAGUGCUUUGUCACCGAGGCAUUGAGGAAGAGGAGGACCCCGACACGGCGAGCCUCCAGUCACGUGCGGUGUACACGCCGACCCCUUCUACCACGCAGUCAGCCUCAGAGCUGUCGGCCUUCGUCGCCUCUCAGGAGGAGCAGCUCAGCAGGAGUGAUAGCUCUGAUACCAAUCAGCAGGAUAUAGGUGAUGCCACAUCUGUGUCUCUCCUCAACUUGGACCCCAGUGAACACACUCCGGAGGUCAGUCCUCAGACGCGGCGUCGGGCCAGAGCGUCGCUCUCAGAUAUCUCCAGCUUGAGGGACAUCGAGGGCCUGUCUGUCCGGCAGCUGAAGGAGAUCCUCGCCAGGAACUUUGUCAACUUUUCAGGGUGCUGUGAGAAGUGGGAGCUGGUGGAGCGGGUCAGCAGACUGUACAGAGAGACGGAGGAAAACAGGAAAUCAUUGGAAAAUGUGAGCAGUACUGAAACCACAGUGGUGGCCUUUCCCCCUCCUAUCUGCAACGGGGCCGUCGGAGACUGUGAGAAGGGUCCGCUGACGAUCCAGGACGACAACCUCUGCAGGAUCUGCAUGGACGCUGUAAUCGACUGCGUCCUCCUGGAGUGCGGUCACAUGGUCACCUGCACCAAGUGCGGCAAGCGGAUGAACGAGUGCCCGAUCUGCAGGCAGUACGUUGUGAGGGCUGUGCACGUCUUCAAGUCCUAAUGCACCUCUGCAAGUCUCAGACUGAGGCUGUACCUUAGAGGGACAGUGUGUCUGAUUUGAAGUGGGGAUUGUAUGAGAUACUAACUUAAUAAGAUAUUGUGUGACUUUGGUAAGAUAAGCUUCUACGACUGAAGCAGUAGUAGACCAGCAGCUGCGGUGUUCUGUGAGGUAAAAUUAUUUUUCAAUGGAGUUUGGUGGCCUUGAUUAGAGCCGAAUGUAGAGAAAGACAAAGGUUUGAGCCCCUCUUUGGAAAGAGCCAUCUCACUGUUUUGAUGCUCCCUUGUCCACAGUAGUAAUAUGCUUAGCUCAAGGGCUGGUACUCUUGUCUGCGACUCCAAACUGUGGGUGCCAGUUGCUCUAAGUCUGGGGUGUCAAAACUACGGCCUGGUGGCCAAAUGCGGCCCGCGACCCACUUUUAAUUGGCCCUCAGCAUAUGCUAAAAGUAGAAUGGAAUAUGUCCUCACCUGAAAUUUGUGCUUUUCCUAUAUUGUACUUCUUAAAUAUGUACACUUAAUAUUUUACACAGUAUUCAUGUGUUAAUAAGACCAGUUUUCAAAUAAAUUGAGUCAAUUAAAGUUUAAAAAUGUUUCAAACAAAUCAUAGUCCAAUAACUUAUUCGCAUAACAAACUUGAAAUAGACUCUUCAUAUUUCCCCUUAUUAUCAGCAAUCUGAUAAGAAAUGAGCUGCCAACUAAAUAACUGAAACCCUACGGAGAGCUGAGAUGUUUCUUAAAGCAUAUUCAAGUAUAAAGAAAAAUGUACCUACAUUUGAUUAAUUUUGCUAACUUAUAACUUAACUUCUGAGGCAGUAUACCUCACCUCUAGUGAGGGGCCCAGACCUUUCUAUGUUUUUCUGUAUGUGGCCCUCAGGGAAAAAAGUUUGGACAACCCUGGUUUAAGUAAUACACUGACUGUGGAAGUACCUCAUAUAACCCCACUUUAAAACAUCCACCUCUUAAAUUAACCAUGCAGCUCAUUACUUUAAAUCCCCAAAAUACUUAUUUUGUGGUUGUUCCCAUGUUCUCACACUAUUUGCACAUUGAAAUAUUGUGAGGAACAUUUUGGUUUCAGUCAUCCCUCAAGUAAACAUAUCUCUUAUCUGUGUUCAUUCCUAAGUGUCUGUUAAACUUUUCUUACAGUUUCUCAAAGCAAAGAAUGUGUGGUCCUGUUUAACACAACGCAUCACCCUCAGAUCUGCCUAUAAACUGUAGCGUCUUUAAAACUGCUGCACGUCACAACAUAUCUAAGAAACACCGAGGACAGAAGCAAACUGAACCUCACCACAAGACAGAGGGUGAGUGAAGAAGGUGCCAAAUAAUGGGUAAUGCUUGUCACCCAUUUCCUCCCCUCUCCACUGUGUGGGUGUCAUCAUGUGAGGUUGUUGAUUUUCAGCACUUUGUUCACACUGUGUUAAUGCACCACUGCUCACAACACCCUUUAAACUAUGACCAAUUACAAUGACUGAAGUAGCAUGCGUACUGAUUCUUGAAAACCUUGUGGGAUGAAGUUUAAGGCUACUAACUUUGUUUAUGUCAGUUGAAAACCAAUUAGAAAUAAUUGAGCUUCUGUUUUCUUUGACAAUUAAACCUAGUGUUACUGAGCCUAGAAAUGAGCAAGUGCUAUGAGUUGUAAUAUGCAUUAUUAAUUAAAUUGAAUUAUUAUUGUUUUAGAGGCGCAAAAUAAUACACUUAGGGCUGCAACUGGUGGUUCAUUUUUCUGCCCGUUAGUUUCUUGAUAUAUUUUUUGGUCUAUAAAAUGUUAGAAAAUAUAGCAAAAUAUGCAUCCCAGUUUCUCAAAAUCUAGGGUCGUCUUUAAAUGUUUUAUUGUGUGAGUCCAAAACCCAAAGAUUUAAUAUGGGAUAAAACAGAGCAAUGCAAUAAAUCUCCAUAUUUUAGAGGCUAAAAAUCCAUUAUGGCAUGCAAAACAUAACGUCUCAUUAUUCCGUUUUCAAACUGCUUUAUUUGAAUUUUUUUCUGUUAGUGAUUUAAUUUAUUAGACGACUCAUCGCUGCAGCUCUAAAUGCAUUCCACAUUCAAACCGUCAUACAGUUUCAUUACAGCAAUAGCUAACCUCAGCUGUCACUUCUGUCUCAGCAGCUUUAGUUUAGAGACAAAAACCGGUGCUAACUCCUCCAACCAUCUUCCUGUUUCCAGCUGAACUGUGGAUGUGAAACUGAAUGUCGUUUUUAUUUUUGUUGUUGUAUAUCGUUGGAGUGGAAUGAAGUGCUUUUUAGUUUUGAUUUUUUUCUCAUAUAGGAGAAAUGUAUUGAACUAACUAUUCAAAGAUAUAGUUCCAAGUUUACUGACACCUGUGGUAUAGAAAGUAUAUAACAAAUAAUGACUUAACUAAUGUACAUUUGCAUAUAAUGAUCCAUAUGAGAUGUAAAUAUCUAUUUUUUCCAUUUGAUUUUAACGGGGUAAUAGCAGAUUAUUGAGAUGUCCCUGGGAUUGGGUUUAUUAUUACAGAGUAAUGUUUUUUCUGUCAAGUGGUUUGAAUUGUUUUUAAUCUGCACAGCUUGAAAUAUCUGUCCCUCUUAAAUCAGAGCAUGAUGAGAUGACACUGGUUAUGUUAUUCCCCCAUCUUCCCUUACUUUUACUUGCCCUGCUCCUGCACAUUUAGAAGUACCCAGCUGUGAACUGUGCCCACACAAAGUCAACAUUGCUGCUAUUAGAUAAAGAUGUCCUUACAAUCAUGAGCAGCAGCGGAGCAGGUUGCACUGUUCCUUUAGAGAGGGUAUAAUAGUGUGCAAGUCUUUGUAUUUGGGAAUGUUGAACUUUUUAUUUUGGUAAUUAAAGAUUUCAAUUAAA